AUGGACUUUGAAGAUUUUCAAUUCGGCCGCCGCAGCGGGAGUGACUUCUCGCGCGAUGUGAAGCGUUACGGUCCGCAGAUCUUAAUCGCACUCGUGGCAGUGAUCGUCGUCGUGGCUUCGUAUUCGAUGUUCUAUCGGGUUGAAGCGACCGAACAGGGAGUUGUACUGCGAUUCGGAGCGUACAAGGAGACGGUCAACCCAGGCUUGCAGUUCAAACUGCCGUGGCCAAUCGAGGAAGUUUUUCUCGUUCCGGUUCGGGAAAUCCAAAGCCUGGAGUUCGGCUUCGACACCGAGGAACCUGGUCGGCGAACAACCUAUGCAGAACAAUCGGAAGCGAAUCUCGAUGUUUCCGAAAUGCUGACCGGUGACUUGAAUCUGGCAAACGUGGAAUGGAUCGUUCAAUACCGAAUCAGCGACCCGAAGCAAUAUCUGUUCAGCAUUGGUACCACGGAAGCUCCAGGCCGGCGUGCUCGCCCCGUAGGAAAGACCGGAGAUGUGAAUCUGGCGGUGCCCGACACGAUUCACGACGUAUCGGAGUCGGUCAUGCGGGGACUGGUAGGAGACGCGAGCAUCGACGAAGUGCUAACCAUCAGCCGCGAGCAAAUAGCGAACGACGCUAAACGAAACAUUCAGACGUUGCUGGACAGUUUCGGUGCGGGGGUAGAUAUCGUGACCGUGAAAUUGCAAAGCACUUCGCCUCCGGGUGAUGUUCGAGAAGCAUUUCAAGAAGUGAACCGCGCCCGACAAAAGAAGGAAAAGAUCGUCAACGAAGCCGAAGGUGAGCGCAACCGCCAGAUUCCAGCAGCCCGAGGUCGACGAGAUCAGAUGAUCUCUGAAGCCGAAGGUUAUCGCGAACGAAUCACACAGGAGAAAGCAGGCGAGGUGGAAGCGUUCAAGGCACAACUGGCCGAGUACGAGAAGGCGCCGGAGGUGACGAAGACGCGGCUCUACCUCGAGGCAUUGGAAGAAGUGCUGGGGGGAGUUCAAAGCAAGACGAUCGUCGACGAAUCGGUCGGAUAUCCAAACGUGCGUACGUCAAUUCCCGCACUGGUCGUGAUUCUAAUGAUCCUGCUGGGCAUUCUCGGCUUCAGCAGCCUGUAUACCGUUGAUGAGUCGCAAAUCGCAGUCGUUACUCAAUUCGGUGAAUUGAAAGACACUGCGAGUGAAGCCGGGCUGCAUUUCAAGAUGCCCUUUGUGCAGGAAGUGCAUUUCCUGGAAAAGCGUUUGAUGGCUUGGGAUAGUGCUGCGGAGAACAUGCAGACCAGUGACAAAAAGCGAAUAUUCGUCCAAGUGUGGGCCCGUUGGAGGAUUGCGGACGCCGACAUCUUCUAUCCGGCCGUGAGGACUGAACAAGGCGGCUACAAAAUCCUGGACGAUCUGGUGGACUCGGCGGUGCGUGAUGUAGUGGCACAGCACCGGCUCAUUGAACUUGUACGUAGCUCGAACGAUGAACUUCUUUACGAGGACGAAGAAAUCCAACGGAAUGAUGUCGAGGAAGUUGAAAAGGGACGCGAUGAUAUCGAGCAACAGAUCUUGCGGGUCGCCAGUACCGAUCUCGAGCAAGAAUACGGAAUGGAAAUCAAGGAUGUCCGUGUGAUGCGCGUGAAUUAUAUCGACUCCGUGAAGCAAGCCGUCUAUGAACGCAUGCGUGCCGAGCGGCAGCGAAUUGCAAGUCUCUUCGAAUCCGAAGCCGAGGAAGAGCGGAACCGCAUCCAAGGUCACACCCGUCGCGAGUUGGAUCAGAUUGAAGGUGAGAUGCAGGCGGCGAGUGCCAAGAUUCGGGGUGAGGCCGACGCGGAUGUGAUUCGCAUUACGGCCGAAGCCUACAACCAGUCGCCGGAGGCACUGGAGUUCUUCAAGUUUCUUCGCAAGCUGGAAGUUUUCAAGUCGUCACUCGGCAAAGAUUCCAGCGUGGUGCUUUCGACCGAUAGUGAAUUGUUUGAUUUGCUGAAAUCGCCCGACGGCUCGAAGGAAUAG